GAUAUGAAAGAUGUGAAACGUUAUUGUGUAGGUGUUUGUUAUAACUGGUGAAUGAAUUUUCAAAUUAAGUGUAUACGGAAUUAAACAUCGGCCGAAAUAGCAGUAAUUACACCUCUAGGAUCAUUAGGUACUAAUAGCAGUCAAAAUGUGUUCUUCAGCCGCAGCAUUAAAUGAGCGACAUUCGAUUGAAACGUGCUGUAUAUUGUGAUGUUUUGUGGUGUGGUGAUGGACGAACAAAAUAAGAAGGAGAAGUGAUAAAAUAAAAUAUGAAAUAAUGGUAAAUAAGAACACGGAAUGCCAGGUUUUAUUGGCAUUCACCUAGUCUUACCAUACUGAUCUGCACUGCCCCCAAGGUGUAUGGUAGCCCUCACAAGGCAUCACAUCAGAUCCUUGGUUUUGAAGUUGAGGGCCCUUUCACUAGCCUGUCAUGGGUUACAGAGUAAGGAAGUUAGAUUUGGUACCAAAAGUGCUGGUCAGCAUUCAGAAACAUUAUGGCCAGAUUACAAGAAGCUGUGUCACAGGGCAUGUAAGAAGGGGUAUUCGCUUUUGGCUUCAGGGGCCACAGCUCUGGAAACUGUUACAGAUGUGACAGCACUCUUAGAGAAUUCCCCUCUAACCAAUGCUGGAUAUGGUUCCAACUUAACGUGGGAUGGACAUGUAGAAUGUGACGCUAGUGUGAUGGAUGGUAGCACACUACAUUUUGGGGCAGUUGGAGCUGUGCCUGGUGUGAAGAACCCAGUGAAACUUGCUCAACAUAUCUGUAAGAAGCAGCGCUGUAAUGCACUUGCACUGGGAAGAAUACCUCCUUGUUUGUUGGUUGGGAAUGGAGCACACCAAUGGGCUGAGCAAGCACAGUUGGCUACUGUCCAUUCCAAGUCCCUUAUAUCAGAUAAGGCAUUAAAACUUUACCGACAUUAUAAGAAGAAAGUGGAAAGAUACGAACUGCGCAUUGACAAGAUUUUGACGCCCCUGGACACAAUAGGAGCUGUUUGUGUGGAUGCGUGUGGCAACCUGGCUGCAGCAUGUUCUAGUGGAGGGGUGGCUCUGAAGCACCCUGGUAGGGUGGGGCAGGCUGCCACUUAUGGAUGUGGAUGUUGGGCAGCUAAUGCAACAUUUCAUGUACCAGCAGCCAUUGCAACAUGCACAUCUGGUUGUGGGGAGCACCUUGUGCGCACCAUGCUGGCUCGAGAAGCAGCUCUUGAAGUUCAGAGAAGCAGCUGUACUGUCACAGGACUUCACCAUGCCAUGAAAACAAAAUUUUUGGAAUCUCCAUUCCUUAGUGGUGUUGAAGAGAGACUUGGAGGAUUGAUUCUUCUCAAAUGCAUCCCUAGUGAUGGAACUGGAGAAUUCCUGUGGACACAUUCUUCAAAAACAAUGUGUAUUAGUUAUAUGAGCGAUGCAGAACGGAGACCGAGGACCCGUUUGUCAGAGCUGCCAAACGGAGCAGUUCCCGGUAGCACUCUGGUGGUAGAAGGUGCAACAUUCAAGCUAAAUCCCUUGGUAGAGAGAGCUGAAAUUGGUAUAUAUUCAUGAUAGUGAACUGUGCUUUGGAGAUGUGACAUCAACAUUUCCAGUGGACAUCCCUGUUUUCAAAUACAAUAUCAGAAAUGUUAGUGUAAAUAUAAAGACUCCAUAAUAAACUUAUAAAUGUGAACAGUGUGUGUUUAUAGAAUUAAGGCUGUUGAGUGAAUUGUUUUAGGAUAAUAAAACUCAGAAAAUAUAAAUAGUAGUAUGUCCUGGGAUAUGAUGCCAUAUAGUGUGUUAGAAGUUCAUUGAUGUUUCAGAAAAACAUACUGCCUCUGUCUUCAGGGUCAGAGUGUGGGCCAUGCAAGCAAGCAAGCAUAUCACGCUUACAAUCUAAACAUUUAUAUACUAACCUUAUUCAAUGUCUGCAGAAGAAAAUAAAUCCUGAAUGGGGAAAAACCUGGGAACACCCUGUAGCCACACUUGACACAAUUGACUUGGAUUCAUUUGCAGCAGGUAUUAUGGUAGUUAAACAUUCAUGUGGCAGAAUUGAAAACAAUAUAAUUAGAUGUAGAAAUUCAAACACCUCAAUUUAAAAAAUGCAAAUAUUAAAUAAAGUAUACAGAACUGUAAUUUUCCUGUUGUUUUAAAUCUCUCAUUCCAGAGGGGGAAAACUGAGGUGGAAGAAUCCAGAAGUGAAACAGAAAGGAGAAUUUCAGGAUCUCUAAUAAGGAGAACAUUACAGUAAAGAACUUCAUGGUUCGUAUGUGAUACUGGGUACUGAAACCCAAUGAAAGGAGGUCCCAAGGGAGAUCAUGAUAUAAAUGGGGAUACUUGGAGGCUAACAUUGAAAUGGAUUGUAAGGAAAUAGUUCAGAAGAAUUUUUAAUGGCUGGGCUGUUGAUGGUGACCAUAGGAUUUCAACAAGGAAACCUGUAAUGUUUAAGCAAGUAGUGACAGCUUAAAGAAGGCACUGCAUCCUGAAUAUCACUAUCUGAAGAUCUGAUUGCUUGUAUGAGAUUUGAACAUUUACAAUGUGUCUUAUGGGUUAUGACAUUGUAGCUACAGCAGUUCAUUGAAGGACUUAUACCCUGACAACAGAGGCAGUAUGUUUUUUUUUUUUCAAAACUUUGGUAAUCACCUACCACACUAAAAGUGUCACAACCCAGAAGACCACAAUCCCAAUUUAAUGUAUGUAUUUCAUUUUCAAUGACUGGGAACUUGUAAGCAUGAUGAAAUAAAAUAUUUAUGAAUGAAAGAAAUCUGUUUACAAACAGCAAUUGA